AUGGCCGUGGCCCUGCCAAUGGCUGCUGCCGCUGCUGCAGUCGUCGAGCACACCUUUGUGGUGAGUCAGGUGGGCAUGACACACCUGUGCCAGGAGACGCUGGUGACCGUGGUGAACGGGCAGCUCCCGGGGCCGGCGAUAGAGGUCACAGAGGGAGAUUGGGUGGCCGUCCAUGUCAUCAACAAGUCACCUUACAACAUGACAAUCCAUUGGCAUGGCGUGAAGCAGAGACUGAACUGCUGGGCCGACGGGGUGCCGAUGAUCACCCAGUGCCCCGUCCGGCCAAACCACAGCUUCACCUACCGGUUCAACGUCUCCAGGCAGGAAGCCACCCUGUGGUGGCACGCCCACGUCUCCUGCCUCCUGGGAUGUGUCCAUGGCGCCUUCAUCAUCCGGCCCAGACACGGGGCCAGCUCAUAUCCCUUUCCAAAACCUCAUAGGGAGGUGCCCCUCGUCAUAGGGGAGUGGUGGCAGACGGAUCUAGGACAGAUUGACAAGAGCUUGACGAACAGUUUCUUUGGUUUUAACCCCAGCUCAGCGACAAUUAACGGCAAGCUUGGAGAUCUUAACAACUGCUCCGGUGGCCUUGUUGAAGAGGGCUACGUAUUGGAGGUGGAGGCCGGCAAGAACUACCUGUUACGCUUAAUCAACGCCGCGCUAAUUUCCGAGUACUACUUCAAGAUCGCCGGGCACAAGUUCACGGUGGUCGCCGCCGACGCGAACUACGUGAAGCCGUACACCACGGACGUGAUCGCGAUCGCGCCCGGAGAGACGGUGGACGCCCUGCUGGUCGCCGACGCGGCCCCGGAGAGGAGCAACUACAUGGUCGCCCUGGCCAACCAGCCAUCGAUCACCAACCCGCCGUUCCCGGUCACGGUCACGAGAGGGACGCUGCGGUACCUCAACGACGGCGACGACCCCGCCGCGGCCGGGGACGACGCGCCGCCGCCUCUGGGGCCGGAGAUGCCGGGCCUGCACGACAUGAUGCCCUCCUUCUACUUCCAUGGCAACCUGACCAGCCUGAGACUGGCACACCCGCGCGGGCGGACGGUGCCGGCGCACGUCGACGAGCGCCUGCUCGUCACGCUCUCCAUGGGCUCCGUCUGCCGGAACGGCGGCGAGUCCUGCGCGCGGGGCGGGAGCAUCGACCAUAGCAGCGUCGUCGUCAACGGGACGGGGGAGCAGCCGCAGCAGCUGUACACGCCUCUGCCGGAGAGGCCGCCGCGGCCGUUCAACUUCACCGACCGCGCCUUCAUCCCGAUCGGGCCCACGGAGGCGGAGGCGCAGCUGGAGCCGACGCGGAAGGCGACGACUGGGCAGCGGUUCCUGUACGGCGCCGCGGUGGAGGUGGUGUUCCAGAACACGGCGGUGAUGCAGAGCGACUACAACCCCAUGCACCUGCACGGCCACGACAUGUUCGUGGUCGCGCAGGGGCACGGCGACUUCGACGCGGCGAGGGACGUGCCGGCGCGGUACAACCUGGUGGAUCCGCCGGUGAGGAACACGGUGCUCGUCCCCAGCCUCGGGUGGGCCGCCGUCCGCUUCGUCGCGGAUAAUCCAGGAGUGUGGUACCUGCAUUGCCACUACGAGUUCCAUGUGGCGGUGGGCAUGGCGACGGUGUUCGUCACAGAGGACGGGCCAACAGUCGGCUCAGCUCUUCCGCCGCCGCCGGCAGAUCUCCCAAAGUGUGGCGGCGGCCAUGGCAGCAGCCUCGACGCCAUGGAAAACGACCUACUAUAA